AUGGCAGUUCCUACAAAGUCUUGGUGUAAGCAUGCAUUUUCAUUCUAUCCUAAGUGUGAUGUACUUAUGAAUAACAUAGCUGAGUCACUCAAUGCCACUAUUUUGAAUGCUAGAGAUAAACCUAUAUUGACCAUGUGCGAAUGGAUUAGAAAAUAUCUGGUGAGUAGGUGUAGUAAUUCUACUUUGAAACUAGACAAGUGGCCACACAAAGUGAUGCCUAUUCCCAGGAAAAGAUUGGACAAUGAGGUAGCUAUGAGUGGACACUGGUUGCCAACAUGGGCUAUGGAAGAGAGAUUUCAGGUCACUCAUGCUUAUAACAGGCAAGAGUUCAUAGUUGACAUUGCUAAAAAGAAUUGCACAUGUAAUUUUUGGGAUCUAGUAGGUAUUCCAUGUAGACAUGUUGUUGCUGCAUUAGGGUUUAGACAGCAGAACCCAGAGGAUUUUGUUCAUGAGUAUUACACUAGAGACAGAUAUACCAUGUGCUAUGGAUUUUCUAUUAGUCCAAUUAAUGGCACUGACAUGUGGCCUGAGGUAGAAAGUGAAGAACUUUUACCUCCUAAUUACAAAAAGGGACCUGGAAGGCCUAGGAAGCUAAGGAUAAGGGAAAGUGGAGAAGAAGGUGCUAGAAGAAGGUUACCUGGUGUAUCUUAUAGAUGCACCAAGUGUGACAAGGUGGGCCACAAUGUUAAGACAUGCAAAAGCAAGAGGCAAAAUCAAAGUGCAAUGAAAAGAAAGAAGAAAAUGAGACCAAAUGCUAGUGAAGAAGGUACUAGCAAUGCUGGAAGCCAGUCUGCUACAAACAAUGAAGAAGGUCAACACAAUCCUGGAAACCAGUCUGCUACAAACAAUGAAGAAAAUGAAGAUACCAAGAUUGAUUCAUUGUUUGGAGAUGUAACUGAUGACAUGAUAAGCAGCAUACCAGACAUCCAUUCUCAGGCAUCAACAAGCAACAAUUACAAGGGAAAGGGAAAGAUGAUUGACAAGCUAAUUGUGAGGAGAAGGGUAAGUGAGAGGAUAAAGGAGAACUGGUUCAAGAAACCAAAACCAUUCACAGGUCCAGGUUCAAACCCUGAGUAG